AUGUCGUGGAAGACGAUGAUCAUCGCUUUCUUUGCUGUUUCUGCCCUUGCGAUCCUCAACGGAGCCCUCGGCGAUCUGAUAUGCGAGGAGCUUCCAGUGGAGCUAUGCGCCUACUCGAUCUCGGACGCAGGGAAGAGGUGCGUGCUGGAGAACUACGUGGCCAGAAAGGGGACGGUGAAUUACCAAUGCAAGACAUCGGAAGUGGUGGUGGACGCCAUGAAGGGAUGGAUCGAGACGGAGGCAUGCAUCAACGACUGCGGCGUCGACAGAAACGCCGUCGGGAUCUCUUCUGAUUACCUGCUGUCCCCCAACUUCGUCGCCAAGCUCUGCUCCCAGCCCUGCUUCACCUACUGCCCAAACAUCCUCGAUCUCUACUCCAACUUGGCUCAAGCUGAAGGGAUGAACUUGCAUGAUAUCUGCAGCGGUGGGAACACUGCUCCUCGUCGUCGCUCGAUGUACGAUCUGCCCAAGAGUUCAGGUUGGGCUGUUGCUGCUGUCGAUGGAACUGUUGGGGAAGGAAAUGGAGCUCCACUUGGUUCUCCACUGUCUUCUCCUGCUUUUACUUUUGCGGAUGAUGGUAUCACUACUGCAUUUGCUCCUUCUUCUCCUGAUACCUACUGA